AUGUUAGAAAAAAAGUUUGCUGACAUUGACAAGAAAUUUGAGAAUGUUUUAAACAAGAACAAGAGAAAGUUAGAAAAUGCUCAGAUAAAACCCAUACAUGACAAGUUCUUAUUUGCUCAGAAUGGUAUAACAGGUCUAAUUGCACCACCUGGGUCGGGUAAGACUUUCACUUAUCUUAAAAUGGCUGCACAACAACAAGAACUAGAUGAGAAGAACCCAUUCUAUGAGUUAGUAGUCAUUUGUAGUACUUCUGGUCAAUUUGACCAAACCGUAAAUUCGUUCAAAGAUAUUAUAAAGAAGUCUAAGUUAGUAUGUAUAAAAGACUCUGAGUUGUUAGAUUGGAUAAAGAAGUACCAAAGAAGAGUUUUGAAGUACAAUGCUAUAAAUGAGUAUGUCAAUUCGAAGUUUAAAGACCCAAAUGAGGAAAUGCAGAGAAUAUUAGAGAAGAAACACUUCAGAAACAAACAGAAAGAGAUAGAAUACAUUUCGAAGAAAUUGCAAUCUUA